AUGAUGCGACUUCUGAACCGGGUUUUAGCCUUCUUCCGGAGGAGGAGGCAGCCGGGCUAUUACGCACAGCAGCAGAGUCUGCUGCAAGGUGACCCCAGCUUGCAAACCGUGCAAGGAAUUGUGACAAGUUUCUGUAGUGAUUAUGGCUUGAUUGAUGAGUCCAUUUACUUUAGUACUGAUGUGAGUGGCCAUUUGCCUCUGAAAGUUGGACAAAAAGUUACUGCAGUUGUGAAAGAAGAUAAAACAUCUCAUAAAUUGAAAGCAAUCAAAGUGGAUGCUAUCUCUGACAAUUUUGACGUUGCUGGACCAUCAGACUCUAGAAUCAGAAUUUUAGUUGGUUGUGUUAACCGUAUAAAGAAUGAUACUGUCUACAUUGAUAAAAAAAUUUACUUCUCUCUAGACAUUGUUUCUGAAGGUUUUAUGCCUUAUAAGGGUGACUGGUUAGAAGUUGAGUAUUCCUUGCUGCCAGGUACCUCAAAGAUCAAGACACACUCAGCAAAGCCCAUGAACUGUAAGCAUGUGGAUAAGGUCUAUAUUACUUGGCUACAGGAUAGAUGUGGGGUAAUAGACUACACCAUCUUCUUUACCUUGGAUUCUCUGAAACUUCCUGUUGGAUACAUACCUCAACCAUAUGACAUUGUCAGUGUGGUCGUAGUAGAGAGUGUUCAGUUGUGCUGUACUUGGAGAGCAGUUUCCAUGACCCCAGUGCAAAUAUUGUCAUAA